GUGCCGCAGUCCAGCGAUUCUAGAGACAUUUCGCCCACUAGAGAUGAGCUGGAAAGUUUGGGAAGGACAUUGAAAACAUGGGAGGCGGAGAACCAAGAGACCUGGGUUAACGCCCUCGCCCUUGAUACAUUAGUAGGCGUAAGCAUUGGAGACUUGUAGAUCAUUCACAUUAUUUCUAUGAGUGGUUUAUGGCGAAAAGCCGGGUGUUGACCCACCCAUUGCACCAUCAUUCCCUUCCAGCUCCUCAUCAGGUGGGGAUAUGUCUUCUCACCCUGAAGUAACCCGAGCGGCCACCCAAUCGCCAUGGCGUACCAAAAAUGCGAGCCUGCGGAACGCAAAAGACGUCAGUGAGAUAGAUUGGUAUUCAGAUGAUACCGGAGAUCCAUCGACGGGUGAAAACCGCCGCAUACGUGCGCUGGUGGGCGAACGUGACAGGGCUUUACAGGAGCUGAGGGAACAAAGAGAUGAUCUGGAGCGCAGCGUGGAGAGCCUCCGGGCAUCGUUCAGAAAACAUCAAGCAAAUGCUGAGAAAAAUAGUGAGAUUUGGAAUCUGGAGUGCGCACUUCAAGAACUACGGGAGAAACUGAACAAAGCGAACUCAUCCACACAGAGAGCGGAAGCGGAGAAUAAGCGCACGCUAAAACAGCUUGUCUCUGCCCAAGAAACCAUAAAUUCACAGAGGGACGAGACAGAACAGCUGCAAAGCUUUUUGGACAAUAUGAAAUCCAAGCAUGAGGUUGAUAUUGCUCAGAUGAGAAAAGCUCUCGCUAGUCAUCAAAGGGAGAAGAGUGACUUGGAAACGGCUCUGGAUGUCUUGAAAUCCGAGCUGGCCAAGAAGUCCGUCUCUUUGCCAAAUCGCUUUGGGUCUACGAACGGGGAAGCUGGGCUGCAAGAGCCCUUGGACGUCAAAUCCAAGCGAGAGAUUGAUAUCACCCAGCCCAUCCCCGCGCUGUUGAACGAGUACGACAAGGCUUCACAGGGAACAAAGGAGGAAAAAGGUGAUUUGGGUCUCGGCUUUGAGAGCGUCCACAAUGCUGAAAAUUUGAGGUUGGAGCAGGGACUUCAAGAAAUACGAGAAAAACCGAAUAACGCGAAUGCACCAACCCACAGAGCACAAGCUGAGAACAAGCACGCACUGAAGCAGCUUAGCACUUUCCGGGAGAGUAUCGAUGCGCAAAAGGGGGGUAUAGAACGGCUACAAGGCUCCUUGGACGAUAUCAAAAGGAAACAUGAAAGUGAUGUCGCUCAGAUGAGAGAAAUUGUCGCCAGCCUUGAGAGGGAGAAGAAUGAUUUGCAAACCGCCCUGGAUAAUUUGAAAUCUGAUUCAGCACAGAAGUCCAGACCUAGGCGAACUUGCUUUGGGUCUCCGGUGACGCGCAGAGAUGCCGCGGGGACGAGGGGUAACGAAGAAAUUUUCACACGCGGUGACUCCCCACGUUGGAGGUACGCUGCGAGCAAUUUGCGCUCCUCAACUGAUGACGUAGCUCACAAAAUCUUAGGUGGGCGUGGUGUUGUCUCGGGUGUUGAGGACGACAGUGACUUCCAUAGAGUGGGGGAGGACUGUAAACGCAAUUGGGUGAAGGAUCCACGAGCGUGUUGUGAAAUCGCAAGAAGCAACUGCAAGCCAGGCAUUCUGGUGCCUGUUCGCGUCUAGGAUUGGACACAAUAGUGCCAACAGCACAGACUACGUCAGACUGCAGCCGUAAUUAUCAACAAACACAUAUCACUUCUUGCUUCCAAGUCUUGGUGCAGCCCCCUAUACUUUGUAGAUUUAUACACAAUGCAACUAUC